AUGCUCCGGCGCGCCGCCACUACGGCUACGCUCAACGACCACGAGGCGGCGUGGUUCCGUCAUCUCACCCGUAGGCCGGUGACGCUUCCGCCCGCGCAUCUCGGGCGCCACUACCGUCCGCAGGCCCAACUCCAACCCCCACGCGCCGUGGUGUCGGCGCCGCCGCUCCCGGGCCUGCUGUGUGGCGCGCGGGGCUACAGCUACAGGCGCAUGGCGCGGCGCAUCCCGAUCGCGAGGCCUGACGGGUACUCCAGCUCCGACGGCGAGGCGGAGGACCCGGACGCGCGCGAGGCCGCCGGGGAGAUCACGGAGCCGGUCGGCGGCGAGGGCGCGGAGGGCGACGACGACUCGGAGGGCAGCGAGGUUGAGGGGUUCAUGCUAGACUUGGGCUCCUUGUCCGGCUCCGGCAACGGCGACGGCGACGAGGAGGGCACGGAAGAGGGAGGAAAGUAG